GGGCGGAGCGCGGCCCGCCCAGCGCGGCUCUCGGCGGCGCCCAUGGGGCUGGGGGCCUGGCUGCGCUCGCUGGGCGGCUGCUGCGGCUGCUGCGGGGGGGAGGCGGCGCCGCCCGAGAAGGAGCCCUUGCUCAGUAACAACAACCCCUACGCCUCCUUCGGAGCCACCCUGGCACGGGACGAGGAGCAGAACCUGUGGAGCACCCCGCACGAUGUGACCCACACAGAGGCGGAUGAUGACCGGGUGCUGUACAACAUGAUCGUGGUCAGGAACCAGCUGGACAAGGACUCGGAGGAAUGGCAAAAGCUCAACUAUGAUAUUUAUACCUUACGGCAGACCCGAAAAGAAGUGAGAAGCCGGUGGAAACACAUUUUGGAGGAUUUAGGUUUUCAGAAGGAAGCAGACUCCCUCUUGUCGGUGACCAAACUCAGCAUCAUCAGCGACUCUCAGAACAUGGGCAAAGCCCGGGACAUCCUGUUAAAGCUCUCCGAAGAGACGAACAUCUUCCCAACCAGCUGGGAGCUUUCUGAGCGCUACCUCUUCGUGGUGGACCGGCUCAUAGCUCUGGACGCUGCGGAUGAGUUCUUCAAAAUGGCCAGCGUGGUGUAUCCAAAGAGAGCCAGUGGGGAGAGAGUGGACGAUAGCCAGAAGGCCCCGCAGUGCAUCUCUGUCACGAUACCCUGAGGAGCGUGCCUCGCCGAGAGGGACAGAGGGUUUCCUUCCCUGCAGGACCAGGCUCCUCUGCCGAGGGGUUGGCACAAGUAGUGCCGCUCCUUGUUUUCCGGCAGAGAAGCGAGCGGGCCGGCCGGAGCAGAACGAGGAGGUCAGCGAGCCGUGCCCCACCGGGAGGGCACGGGAAGGCAGAUGCUGGCCCCAAGGCGCUCCCAAGCUGAGGGGAGCAAGAACUGCUGUAGUGUAGCCCCGUAGCCUAGUAGUGUGUGCUAUUGGCACGAGGGGAACCUGCUGCACAAGGCGUUGCUACCAGUAGCUGCAAAAAUCGAGAUGCCUCUAGUUACGAGCGCUGUGAGGAGAUCCCCGUUUCCACCUUCUGCUGGUACCUGCCACUGUCCCCUCCCUCAGCCCCGCCGGCUGGGAGGACCAGCGAGGGAGGAAAAAUACCUCAGUCAUCUACAACUCCGCCGCGUUUCUCUGUGCGCUGGUCCUCUCCUUCCUCCCCAGGCCACAGCAGCCCCACCAGGCAGGUCCCAGCGGAUUCGGCAAAGAGGCAGGAGCAGUGAAGAGCUGGGAGAGGAGCCGGCACCGGGCGGCAAAGCCUUGGAGCGGUGUCGCAGUUGGGUGCUGUGUCCCCUGCCGUUAGUGGUUUGGAGGUGUUCACGUCAGGGGUGCUUAGCCCAAGAUUUUAAAAGGUGUAGGUGCCAAGGUCAGACCUGCUGAGAAUUUGGCUCCUGUAAUAUCCUCAGAUUGGUUGCCCAACAUCUUAAUUUCUGAAAGUUUUGGUCUUAAUUACAUAAAAAAACCCCACUAUGAAGCUGCAUGUACUGUCAAUAUAUACCGUCCCUGCUGUUAAUGAGGAUUUUUAAUGAACAUCCUUUAUAUCUUGGGUUUCUGUCUGGUAAUGAGCAAUAAUUCUAAAAUGCUGGAUUUGAUCCUUAAAAAACAAGUGGAAAUUCCUCACUGGUUAACACGAGUGCUGUUAAUUGUCCAGUUGAAAACGCUGGUUACCCAGGACCUCCCAAAAUAGCAAACCAGAGCUUUUAUUUGUUUAUACCUGCAGUGUUUGAAAAAAAAAAAAAUAUUUAUGAAUUGUUUCUGUUUGUCAGUCUUCCUGGGAAACAUUUUUGUCAACUUGGGACUUCGGUGA